AUGGCAGGGAUCUUAGCCUGGUUCUGGAACGAGAGGUUCUGGCUUCCGCACAAUGUCACCUGGGCGGACUUGAAGAACACGGAGGAAGCCAACUUCCCGCAGGCGGAGGACCUCUACCUCGCCUUCCCCCUGGCCUUCUGCAUCUUCAUGGUGCGGCUCCUCUUCGAGAGGUUUGUAGCCAAACCAUGUGCGAUAGCCCUCAACAUUCAGACCAGUGGACCCCAGGUUGCCCAGCCCAAUGCCAUCCUGGAGAAGGUCUUCACCGCAAUCACAAAGCAUCCUGAUGAGAAGAGAUUGGAAGGCCUCUCCAAGCAGCUGGACUGGGAUGUCCGCAGCAUCCAGCGCUGGUUUAGACAAAGACGCAACCAGGAGAAGCCAAGCACACUGACGAGGUUCUGUGAGAGCAUGUGGAGAUUUUCAUUUUACCUUUACGUAUUUACCUAUGGAGUCCGGUUCCUGAAAAAGACACCCUGGUUGUGGAAUACAAGGCACUGCUGGUACAACUACCCCUAUCAGCCACUUACCACGGACCUUCACUACUAUUAUAUCCUGGAGCUGUCGUUUUAUUGGUCUUUAAUGUUUUCCCAGUUCACUGAUAUCAAAAGAAAGGACUUCGGCAUUAUGUUCCUGCAUCACUUGGUGUCUAUUUUCUUGAUCACCUUUUCAUAUGUCAACAACAUGGCCCGAAUAGGGACCCUGGUUCUCUGUCUUCAUGAUUCAGCAGAUGCUCUUCUGGAGGCUGCCAAAAUGGCAAAUUAUGCCAAGUUUCAGAAAAUGUGUGAUCUCCUGUUUGUUAUGUUCGCCAUGGUUUUCAUCACCACGCGACUGGGUAUAUUUCCCCUCUGGGUGUUAAAUUCCACGCUAUUUGAAAGUUGGGAGAUUGUUGGACCUUAUCCUUCCUGGUGGGUUUUUAACCUACUGCUGUUGCUGAUACAAGGCUUGAACUGCUUCUGGUCUUACUUGAUCAUAAAAAUAGCUUGCAAAGCUAUUUCAAGGGGGAAGGCUGGGAAGUGGAACCCUUUACAUGUAUCCAAGGAUGACCGAAGUGAUAUUGAAUCUAGCUCAGAUGAGGAGGACUCAAAAGAAACUCCAAGGAAGAAACCCCACGCUGCAACCACCACCAAUGGAACCAGCGGUACCAACGGGUAUCUCCUGACCGGCCCUUGCUCCAUGGAUGAUUAA